AUGCCGAAUUCUUGCGCUGCGCUGCGCGACGCCCUAGCCCAAUGCCUCCAACAGUCCGACUGCAUCAUGGUCCAGCGCCACACACCCCGCGAGUGCCUCAGCGCGCCCCUCGCCGACGACUUGCCGGUUAAAUGCCAGCAACUCCGGAAAGGCUUUGGCGAGUGCAAACGCGGCCUCAUCGACAUGCGCAAACGAUUCCGCGGAAACGCACCCCUCCAAAUGAACAAGGAGGUCGACGGCAAGUCCGGCCCAUCGCAGCAACUGUACGCGGGUAAACCCGCGUUUGAGACCGUGAGGGAGAUUAGUGGAGAUGAGGUGCAGAUGGAUCCGGAGAAGACGAGGGGUUUGUGA